GCCUGGUCCUUGACCUCACAGUGGCCACACGAGGGACCUCUGGGGGCAGCAGAGGGGUACCUGGGAAGGUUCUGGCAGGACUUCCUUAAGCAACAAUAGGUACGCAGUGCCCACUUUGUGCAGACCCUUUGGGGACACUUAGCGUAACUGAGUGAAGGAAGCAGACACAAUACUGGGACCCCACCCCGGGUGGACUCGGGCAGUCACUUCAGGAAUCAUCCGCAGGUCACGGCCAGGGAGUGUCACAAGUGAUGCCCUCAUGGCCUCUUCAAGCAACAGGGGGCAUGACGAGGGGCCAGAGGAGGAACAGAAAAUCCCCAGGACGGGACAGGCUAGACGCCUUGCCUGGGAGCCCGAGCAUGUGCCCAGCGUCAUCGAUGCCAGCCAGCCUUCAUCCACCCUGGAGGGCCAAGUCCUCCACCACUUGGUCCAGGAGGAGCACCUGGGGCCCACGGUGGCAGAGCUGGAAGACCCACGGCAGAGGCGGCUGGCUCCAGAGACACAGGGAGGGCCGGCUUCAUGGCUAGAGCCUGUCCAGGAGCUCCUUCAGACCCCUGUGCAGGAGCUACGGCCAGUGUCACCUGCUUCAGCCCCUGCAGAGCCGGAGAACAUCCCAGCAGAGGCCUCAGUUCCGAGGCAAGGCCCCAAGCUGGAGUCCCAGGAGCCCUCAGGCCUAAUGGUACCAGGCCUUGCAGAGCCAGAGCCAUGUCCAGACCCCAUGAGCCCCUGGGACAUCCCAGGAGUGGUCUCAGCCCCAGUGCCAGGCUCUGAGCUGGAGCCCCAUGAACCCUUGGGCUUGGGUCCCAUGGCACCUGCAGGAAUGGCACCGGGCCUGGCAGAGCCAGAGGCAGACCCGGAGCCCACCAGCGCCUGUGUCGCGAUCACCCCGGAUGUGCCGAGGACGGAGGAGCGGACCAUCCUGCAGUUCCCCGCCCACCUGGUGGCCGAGCAGCUGACCCUGAUGUGUGCGGAGCUGUACAGCAGGAUUGAAUAUGUCCAAUGCAAGGCCUACUUAGAGAGCCAGCCACUGAUGGAAGGCACUGAGCUCCUGGCCCCCAACGUGCAAAUGGUCAUCAGGCAAUUCGAUGCCAUGGUUAGCUUGGUCAUCUCCUCCUGCCUCGGGACCGUGACCAUGACGGCCCAGGACAGGGCCCAAGUGGUGCAGUUCUGGAUUCGGGUGGCUGAGGAGUGUCUGGCCCUCAAGAAUUUCGCUGCCCUCCGUGCCAUUCUCUUGGCCCUGCAGAGCCGUCCCAUAGGUCGUCUGGAGAGCACCUGGGGACGUGUUUCCUGGAAGAGCUCCCGGACCUACAAAAAACUUAAAAAGAGGGAUGAGGAGGCUAACAGAGAGUGGCUUCUCAAGGAGGCGAGGGCCAUCGUGAAGCAAAAGCGGUGGGCCCCCAGGGGAUGCCAGUAUAGGAAGAAGCAGGGCAUGGUCCCAUUCCUUGGAUUGUUUCUACGAGACGUGCCCAUAGACCAACUCCCGGAAAAUAACGAUGUCACUGUCAUCCUACAUGAGAUGAUGAUAUAUAAGUACGUGGCCAGGCUGUAUGACCUGGAGCCUGAGGAGCGCUUCGUAUCCUUUGCCCAGGCCGUGGAGCCCCGGGAUGAGGAGGAGAGGUGA